GAUGUUGUUCACAUGAUUUUGAAACAGAUCUGUUCCAAAAAUGGGCUUUUGGAUAUGUUCAUCUUUCUUUCACCAAUACCACAUUUGUGUUCCCUUUCUCAUUAUUAUGAUGCAAAGAGAAAGUAUUGACGCAGCCAACUCUUCAGUCUCCAAACUGAAAAGCUCUUAUGAUUUUGGCAAAAGCUUUCUUGGACUGGACAAAUGUAAUGCUUGCAUUGGGACUUCUGCCUGUAAGAAAUUAUUUAAAGAAGAAAUAAGGUUUCAGAGCUGGCUUGCACCUCAUCUAAGACUUCCUUCUGCUGAUCUUCAGAGCUAUGCUGGAAACCACAGUGAUGAUGGGGAAACCUGGAGACAUGUUGAGAUUUCCCGGUUAUCUAGUAAAAGUCAACAUGAUCUGGCAGACAAAAGAAUCUGCGGCACCUUCACUAAGAAGAAAUUGUGCAGCAUAGAGAGAAUACUGAGGAAAACAGAGAGAUUCCAAAAGUGGAUGACAGCAAAACGCCUUACUCCAGACUUAGUGCAGGGUCUACCGGUGCAGUUCCUCCGCUGUCCCUCACAGCGCCUCUUAGAUCGAAUAAUACGACGUUAUACUGAAGUGUUUGAUGCUGGCAGUGUGUACAUGACACAUCUAACUGACAGGGAUAAAUUGAGGCUGCUCUACACACUUUCUGUCAACGCUCAUCCAAUUAUUUUACAGAUUUUCCCUGGAGCAGAGGGAUGGCCUUUUCCAAAGUACUUAGGUUCAUGCGGGCGCCUGUUUGUGAGCACAAGCACCCAACCAUUAAUUUCCUACAACAACUCUGCUCCUGAAAUAGCAGCAGACCUGGUAUACCAACUUCUCCAAACCAUACACCAUUUGAGCAACAACGACUUGAAUUACUUCUUUUAUUUUACACAAAUCGAUGGAGGCACUUUUGGAACAUUUAGUGAUGGCCUUUUAUUCAUCAGAGAUACCAGCAAUCUUGGCAUCAUUGAUUUGCAAAAUGGAAAACCAGGCAGAGACAGAAACACUGAGGAAACUGAUAUAUUUAGCUGCUUGUCAUCUGACUGUCCACCAAGAUUAUCAUCUUGCUCCGACAUUAGUGAGAGGCAGAAUCUCAUUCUGCUGUGUAAAAACCUUCUCCCUUAUUUGAUUUCAGGAAAGUUUCCUCCUUCCACUCAACAAGAAAUCGACGAGUUUCUUGGAGUCUGUUCACAUAAUCUUAUCACUGACCUGGAGGCCCGCAAAAUAUCUGAGAAACUAUUAAACAUAUUGAGGCCAUGGCGAGCAUGUGAUCCCCGAUUUGCCUACAGAUAUCCAGAGUGUCAAUAUAGUUCAUACUAA